UGCCCUGGCCAAUCAAGAGACCACACAUUGUUGCCUAAGAGACCCCGGAUGCCAGCAACAGGAUUUCUAGAUGGUGAUUGGACUACUGGAAACUGGGAGGUGGGGGCUGGAACGAGGCAAAGAAAAAGCUGACCUGUGCAGCUAUGGCAACCCGCGGCGCUUGAGACUUGAAGAAGGAACCGUGCUACAAGAGGUGUAGUUCUUCUUAUGGAAAAACACUCAGUUAUUUCAUGAUGGCAUUUGCUCCUCCAAAAAGCACAGAUGGCCCCAAAAUGCAGACAAAGAUGAGCACUUGGACACCGCUAAAUCAUCAGCUUUUGAAUGACCGGGUAUUUGAAGAAAGAAGAGCUCUGCUUGGAAAAUGGUUUGACAAAUGGACAGACUCGCAAAGGAGGAGAAUCCUUACUGGCCUGUUGGAGCGCUGCUCGCUGUCCCAGCAGAAGUUCUGCUGUCGAAAGCUUCAGGAGAAGAUCCCAGCAGAAGCCCUAGAUUUUACUACCAAGCUCCCCAGGGUGUUGUCUGUGUACAUCUUUUCCUUCCUGGACCCCCGAAGCCUUUGUCGCUGUGCCCAGGUGAGCUGGCACUGGAAGAACUUAGCAGAGCUGGACCAGCUGUGGAUGCUGAAAUGCUUACGGUUUAACUGGUACAUCAAUUUCUCCCCGAGUCCUUUCGAGCAGGGGAUAUGGAAGAAGCACUAUAUUCACAUGGUGAAAAAGCUUCACGUCACCAGGCCCAAGACACCUCCAAAAGAUGGCUUUGUAAUCCCCAAUGUUCAGCCAGUUGCAAGCAGCUCUCCAGGGGAUAAGCAGUCCCCUUUCCGGUCCUCCUCCACAAGAAAGAAGAAUAACCCAGGGGAGAGAGAGCUUCCACCCUGGCGAUCCUCUGACAAGCAUCCAACGGAUAUUAUUCGUUUUAAUUAUCUGGACAACUGUGACCCUUUCCAGCCCAGCUCCCAAGGAAGAAGGAAAAGACAUGAAAUGAGCCCAGAUUUCAGCCAACAGUCCCACGACAAGAAAAACAAACUGCAGGACCGAGCUAGGCUAAGAAAAGCACAGUCCCUGAUGUCCCUAAGUCCCAGUUCGCCUCUAAGAGCCCCAGCACAUUGUGCCUGGCCUCCUCAUCGUCUAUGGGACCCUGACCCCCGGAGCAGCAGCUGAAAUCCUCGCAGCACCUCAGAGACACCCCGCACUUCAGUCGCUCCCCACCCAGGUUCCCGAAGCCAAGCUGAUCUGAACACGGAAAGGACACUGCAGGAGUGACAAGAUGCUCUACACGGUGGAGAACUGGCUUCCACCGGCUGGUCUAUCAGAAACCUUUUUGAGUACUUUGUGGUGAACGUGAGUCCUACAGCAUUUCAGUUAAAAAUAAAUUCAUGGUACAAGCCA